AGACUCGAGUCUUCGGGCAUUAUCGUUUAGCUCCGUAGCUAGUUGUUGCUCGUCUGGGAUCUGAACGAUGAUUGACAAUAAUGGCGACGCGUUUAUUCUGAGUUGACUCCAGGGGACCAUCUCUGGCUGAUAAAGGGAGCAUCUUGGAUGGAUUUUCAGAAUCACAGACAGCAGCUAUAUAGUCAAACAAAUCCAAACGGACUAACCCUACAUUUAUCCCACCGAAAAGGACUUGCUAGCAUCGCUAUAGCUAGCAACUCGGCUCACUAGCCUGCUAAGUUGAAGAGGUGGCAUUCUUGUAUGUGGAGUGGAGGAGAGAGCCAGCUUACUUAGCCCUGAAAUUUGGCUAAGCUAGCAACGUGGUUCCUUAACCGGUAUCCACGACAAUUAAUCUCUUUUUAUCAGAAGCAACAGUCAGGAGGCAGUAGCUUGCAGUUAGCGUUAGCUUGUCGGGGUAGUUUUGUAAGGGGGUCUAACAGCCUCCUUAGAUAGCAAACUGAGCUAGCAGCCUAGCAUUGUGGAUUGUUCCAGUUUCUUUCCUGUUGCGACUUGCUUGCACUCAAAUUGGAAAACUGUUCACCAGCGCAUCAAUAGCUGGCUAGCCGGGAUUGCUAGCUUGCUGAGUUACUGAUUUCUGAGGCAUUGCGAGAUCUCUUCGUAAAUGACCACCGGCAGGAAUAACCGAGCCAUGAUGGAAGGAGUAGGAGCCAGAGUGGUCCGCGGACCUGACUGGAAGUGGGGCAAGCAGGAUGGUGGAGAGGGACAUGUUGGCACCGUCAGGAGUUUUGAAAGUCCAGAGGAGGUGGUGGUUGUCUGGGAUAAUGGGACGGCUGCUAACUACCGUUGUUCUGGAGCUUACGACGUGAGGAUAUUAGACAGUGCUCCAACAGGCAUCAAGCAUGAUGGAACCAUGUGUGACACCUGCCGUCAACAGCCCAUCAUUGGUAUUCGCUGGAAAUGUGCUGAGUGCACCAAUUAUGACCUCUGCACCACCUGUUACCAUGGAGACAAGCAUCACCUGAGACACCGGUUUUACAGAAUCACCACCCCAGGCAGUGAGAGAGUACUUUUGGAGUCACGUCGCAAGUCAAAGAAAAUCACCGCUCGAGGGAUCUUCACUGGUGGCCGGGUGGUGAGAGGAGUGGACUGGCAGUGGGAAGACCAAGAUGGAGGCAAUGGAAGGAGAGGAAAGGUGACGGAGAUUCAGGACUGGAGCGCAGCCAGCCCUCACAGCGCUGCCUACGUACUGUGGGACAAUGGGGCCAAGAACCUGUACAGAGUUGGCUUUGAGGGAAUGUCGGAUUUGAAAUGUGUCCAGGAUGCCAAAGGAGGCUCUUUUUACAGAGACCACUGUCCAGUUUUAGGUGAGCAGAAUGGCAAUAGGAAUCCUGGCGGUCUCCAAAUUGGAGACCUGGUCAACAUCGACUUAGACCUAGAGAUAGUUCAAUCCCUCCAACAUGGCCACGGCGGGUGGACCGACGGCAUGUUUGAGACGCUCACCACCACCGGCACAGUUUGUGGCAUCGAUGAAGAUCACGACAUUGUCGUUCAGUACCCCAGUGGCAACAGAUGGACAUUUAACCCAGCAGUGCUGACAAAGGCCAAUGUUGUGCGCAGUGGUGAAGUAGCAGCUGGGGCCGAGGGAGGCAGUUCCCAGUUCCUAGUGGGAGACCUGGUCCAGAUUUGCUAUGACAUCGACCGCAUCAAGCUGCUACAAAGAGGCCAUGGAGAGUGGGCUGAGGCCAUGUUACCUACCCUAGGCAAGGUGGGCCGUGUGCAACAGAUAUACUCUGACAGUGACCUGAAGGUCGAGGUUUGUGGAACUUCUUGGACAUACAAUCCUGCCGCUGUCACCAAGAUUGCCCCGUCUGGCUCAGCUGUCAGCAACGCCUCUGGAGAACGUCUGUCUCAGUUGCUGAAGAAACUAUUUGAGACACAAGAGUCCGGAGACAUCAACGAGGAGCUGGUCAAGGCAGCAGCCAAUGGAGACUUGGCCAAGGUAGAGGACAUCCUGAAGAGACCAGAUGUGGACGUGAAUGGACAGUGUGCUGGACACACUGCUAUGCAGGCAGCCAGUCAGAACGGUCAUGUGGAUGUCCUGAAGCUGCUGCUUAAACACAACGUGGACCUGGAAGCUGAGGACAAAGAUGGAGACCGGGCAGUGCACCACGCAGCUUUUGGUGAUGAGGGCUCUGUCAUUGAGGUGCUGCAGAGGGGCGGUGCUGACUUGAAUGCCAGGAACAAGAGAAGGCAGACUCCAUUACACAUAGCUGUCAACAAGGGCCACUUGCAGGUGGUCAAAACCCUACUGGACUUUGGCUGCCACCCCAGUCUACAGGAUUCAGAAGGGGACACGCCUCUGCAUGAUGCCAUAAGCAAGAAGAGAGAUGACAUGUUGUCAGUGCUGCUGGAGUCUGGUGCUGAUGUCACCAUCACCAACAAUAACGGGUUCAAUGCCUUGCAUCAUGCUGCCCUGAGAGGAAAUCCCAGUGCCAUGCGUGUGCUGCUAUCCAAACUGCCGAGGCCUUGGAUUGUAGACGAGAAGAAGGAUGACGGUUACACCGCACUGCACCUGGCUGCCCUCAACAACCAUGUGGAGGUGGCUGAGCUGCUGGUUCACCAGGGCAAUGCCAGCUUAGACAUCCAGAAUGUCAACCAGCAGACAGCAUUACAUCUGGCAGUGGAGCGUCAACACACCCAGAUAGUCCGGCUGCUUGUGCGGGCUGAGGCCAAGCUUGAUGUCCAGGACAAGGACGGGGACACACCGCUUCACGAGGCACUGCGUCACCACACACUGUCCCAAUUGCGACAACUCCAAGAUAUGCAGGAUGUCAGCAAAGUGGAGCCCUGGGAACCUUCCAAGAACACAUUAAUCAUGGGCUUGGGCACCCAGGGGGCGGAAAAGAAGAGCGCAGCAUCCAUCGCCUGCUUCCUGGCAGCUAACGGAGCAGACUUGACCAUUCGUAACAAAAAGGGCCAGUCCCCUCUAGACCUGUGUCCUGACCCCAGCCUCUGCAAAGCUCUGGCCAAAUGCCACAAAGAGAAGAGCAGUGGCCAGGUGGGCACUCGCAGCCCAUCUCUGAACAGCAACAUUGAGUCACUGGAGGAGUGUAUGGUGUGUUCAGACAUGAAGAGAGACACUCUGUUCGGGCCCUGUGGACACAUCGCCACCUGCUCCCUUUGCUCGCCUCGUGUCAAGAAGUGUCUCAUUUGCAAAGAUCAGGUCCAGUCAAGAACCAAGAUUGAGGAGUGCGUCGUCUGCUCUGACAAAAAGGCAGCCGUGUUGUUCCAGCCCUGUGGUCACAUGUGCGCUUGUGAGAACUGUGCCAGCCUCAUGAAGAAGUGCGUACAGUGCCGGGCUGUGGUGGAACGCCGCACCCCCUUUGUUCUGUGCUGUGGAGGGAAAGGUAUGGAGGAUGAUGCCGAUGAUGAUGAUGAUGGUGAUGAUGAUGAUGAUGAUGAUGAUGAUGAUGACCUUACAGGGAGCUCUAACACUAUGGCAGGAGGAUCGCAGGAUCUUCUCCAGCCCAACAAUCUGGCACUAAGUUGGUCCAGCGGAAACAUCCCAGCCUUGCAGAGAGACAAGGACAACACCAACGUCAACGCUGACGUACAGAAGCUACAGCAGCAGCUGCAGGACAUCAAGGAACAGACCAUGUGUCCGGUGUGUCUGGACCGGCUGAAGAACAUGAUCUUCAUGUGCGGCCAUGGCACCUGCCAGCUGUGUGGAGACAGGAUGAGCGAGUGCCCCAUCUGCCGCAAGGCCAUCGAACGUCGCAUCCUCCUCUACUAGAUGUCCCCCCCCCCCCCACAGACUCUCUUUCUUCUCUCUUCUCUUUAAGCCCACACUGACCACGCCUGCAAAGCCACAAUCAAACCAGCUGCUGCUGCCGCUGCUGCUGCCGCUGCUGGUCGGCCAUCCUCACAGCACUCGAGUCAUCAGGUCAAGGGCGUUUUCAAAUGUCUUACUCGACACUACAAAUGCUCUCUUAAUGGUUUGUUUGUGUUCAGAUGAAAUUUCUGUUACAAAACCAUGAGAUAAUAUGAACUGACUUUUAUGAAUUUUGUUGUUCUGUCAUCAUGUGUCCCAACUGCAGCCAGAAAGACUUUUUCUCAUUUGUUGUUCACCAAGUUUUUCCCGUCUUAUUCUCCUUUCUGUGUCUUCUUCUCUGUUUUUACAUGACAAGUGAGACUUCUUUUCUCCGAGUCUGUGGUGACUCCUUUAGACCCUUGGUCUGGAUAUAUACUUUAGGGGCAAGUCCCAUUUCUGGAUUUAAUCCUAGAACAGCUCUGAGUAUCAGAGCAAAUUCAGAAGUGCGGUGAAGACGUUUGCCUGUUACCUUUUGAUGUAAUGUUCAUGUGGAUCUGUUGCAGUUCAGUGCAGGCUGCAGUCAUGUUUUAUUGUAUUUGUAAAUCUAAUCUUCAUGCACGUUUAUUGGUAUCGGAAGCUCCAGAAGUACUUUGUUUUUUCACAACACUAUGGUAAGUUUGUGACACACAACUGUUUGCACCACUUGAAAGUUCAGUGAGUGUUUUCGCCUCAUGUCUGUUCAGUUUGGCUGUUGUGACUUGCUGUGUGCCGACUGUACUUGCAGUUGAAGACCAAACGUUGGCAGUUUUGCGGUAGAAAAGCCGAGUCAGGGUAGAGCUCUUUUCUUGGAGGUCCACUUAAGCUCGGUGAUUAAAAAUGCAGAGUUGUGGGGACUGUCAGGUAGCACACCACACGCGUACUUUGUUCACCAAGCUGUACUGAGACAGAUGGCGGAUGUCGCAAACACCCCUUUGGCUGCCAGAGCCGUCAUGGAGGGAUUUGAGAAUUCAAGACAAACACCCAGACUCACUCAGAUUCAGCUUCUGUCCAGUGAAGAACCCCUGUUGUGCCUGUUUGUUGUACUCACAAACCCACAGGAUGCAAAUAUAUCUUGUCACAACUUGAUGUGUAACUGUAGAGACUUGGUGGUAUUUGUCUGACAAAAAUCCGUACAAUUCACUGAGCGUUGCUGAUUUACCAUUGACGAGUGUGCCAUUUGCUUCCAAAAAUCUACUUGUUAAAUAACUUGUAUGGGGACAAGGUGCUCUUUAUCUUGUAUUACUUUUUUAUUUAAGUGUAUUUCCUUUUCUCAAAAUCAACAUUUAUUGAGCUAGAGAGUACAAUCUAUUAGAACACAAAGAUGAAAGUGUAGAAUAAAUUAUUUUGUAUUGCUGCCCAAAAAAAAAUAGGAUUUAUAGGUAUUACUGCCUCCCUGAUAUGUAGCCUCAAAAUCUCUCAGACAUCCUGCUUUGAUAUUAAUGUUGAGUUACGUUUGUGAUAUUUUUCUGUUUGCUUUUCGUUGGCAAUGGCUUUCUAGCAGUCAUCAGUAGAAGCGUUUUUUCUCUUGAAUAGUUCUCUGUAAGUCUAACACUUGUUCAUUUGUGAAACAACAAGAAGAAAAAAAAAAGACAUUUUGUUGUCAAAAGUGUCGUGUGUCUUCUCACCAGUGUUUUAUUUGGGAGGGAAGGUAAUGGUUUUUAAAGACAGAACUUGCCUUACCUCUUUUAAAAGGCAGUUGCCCAUGUGGAGACUCAGUGGUGGCGAGCUCGCUCCGCUACGUGGGGGAAUAAUUUUCAACCGCAUACAAGCAUUUUUUAUUUUAUUUUUUUUUCUUUUAGGACUGAAAGCAACUUUUUUGAGUACACUUUUUAUUCUUUUCAUUGAUCAUGAUAACACUUUAAGCUAGAAGCACUAAUACGCUUUAUGGUAGUGUUGUCUUGUUAAUGGUUGUUAUGAAAAAAAGCCUAUUUUGUACUUUAUUUUCAAUACCUGUAACUGUCCUGUUGGAAAUGUAUUGGUAGUGUUUUCUUUGGCAUGAAUGUUUGACCUACGCAGUACGACAUGUAUCAUGGAAAGUGUUCAGUCUGUAUUGCUAAUAAGUGCUUUUAAAACAACCAUAUAGCUGAAAUAAAGUUCUAAAUGAACCAUGGGACAUUAGAAGUUUGUUUCUCUAACUUCUUCUGCUGAAUGGUUCAUUAGCUUUUCUUUUU